AUGUAUUUACCUUUUGCAAUAUUUUCAGAAAGAACUCAGAGUCCAGUGACAGGUGAACGACUGCUUCAUAAUCGCCAGUCCAUCAUCCCCAGGUCUUCUGUGAGCACAGAUUCUUUUGAAGAAGAAAACCGCCAAGAAGCCUGUUCUUCUUCUGCAUCAUCUGGUGAAAGGGAUGAGGAUUCACUGAGUUUGACGCUCCGAGGAGAGAACGCUCAAAAGAUAGUCAGCAAAACCUCCAAGCAGGCCUGGAGCAUCCCAUUUUUCGCACCAAAAAUGGCAAAUAAACCCAGUCUACCACACUCAGAACAUCCUGUGUACUUGGAGGCUACAAGUAGACACACGAGACUUCAAAACCAGUUUUUGAGCGAUUCCAAGGGAAAUUCUCGUAUCACCUGGUUCCUAGCUUUUCUUUUCUUAUUGCAACCUAUCACGUCCCCCGGGGAGGCCUUCUACCGCCAUCGGCCGUGCAGGACCAGGAGCCGCUCCGCCCCUCCGAGCGCCGGGUGGAGUCCCUGGGAACCCAGGCUGGAGGAGAGGGCGGCGGUGACACUAGACUUCACGGCACACCCAGAUUCCCCCAAAGGGCUCCCAGGGGCUCCCGGAAAUGCAGUCUGCAGAGGCGCGGUUGCCAUGGUAGCGGAGAUGCUCCCCAAGCAUCCUCGUGUCCCGGAGGAGAGGAGGCUGCGGGCGGAGGCCUCCCUCUCCUCCCUCUCGGGCAAUCUGGCAGAGGAGCCCCUUCCUGGGCCCGCGGGCGCUUCCACCCAUUUCCACUCCAAGAGGUUAAUAAAGGUCUGCACCGCGGCACCCCCCCGCCCGCCCCAGCCUUUCCAUACGGCUUGUUCACAGGCUUUCCCGAGGCCGGUGGUGAAUGCUCACUUACGCUGA